AUGGCAUCCCCAGCCGGUACUUUCUCUUCCUGUAGCACUCAACGAGGAGCGUCCCGGAGGUCCUGGAACGGCCGAGAGCGCGACGUGCUUCAUUCUCGGUGCCGAAGUUUGCCGCCCAGACGGCGAGUCAUCACACGAUCGAGGUCUCGUUCUACGUGUCGCAGCGCGGGCGGCAGCAGUCCUUUCGACGGGCAAAGCGCAGCUUCGGAGGAGCUAAAACCUGCACAGCAUAAUGAAAAACUCACUCGAUCGACUGGCCGGAGCUCUCGGAUACGUGUUGGGGUGCGGAUACGUCCGCCAUUCGUGUCGGAGGUUGACUAUCAGAAAAGAUCCGGCGGGUACCGACCUGCCGUGCAGAUCUCGAGACAGGGGUGUGUGGACCUGAUAGCCAGUGGGAGACAGCGCAGCUUCCCUUUCGAUUACGCUUUCGACGCAACGUGCCAACAACACGAAUUGUACCAAAGCCUCGCUGCACCAGUAGUAGACGGCUGCUUGACGGGGUUCAAUGGCCUCAUCAUGGCAUAUGGCCAGACGGCAUCAGGGAAGUCGCAUUCCAUGGGCGUUCUUCGAGGCGUUGAUCUCUCCGAGGCGGAAUUGGGCAAGAGAGGACUCGGAGAUACUAAGGAUAGAGAACCUCCCUUCCGGGAGUGCGGAACGAUGAAUGGUGCCCAGAUCUCCUCGCAUAACCAAACAGCUCCUGGAAUAAUCCCUCGUGCCCUCUCCCGAGUGUUUGAGCACGUGCAAGGGUCAUCGGUUUCGUCAGAUCGUGGGUCAGUAGCAGACGUCUCGGUGAAGGUCAAGGUGUCUCUCCUCCAGAUCUACAAUGAGACGGUGCAGGAUCUCCUGACUCCAACGGCGCCGUUUGGGGGGGAGAGCAACGGACUCAUCAUUCGGGAGAAUCCUUCCCUGGGAUUCUAUGUGGAAGGGCUACGGGAGUACUCUGUGCGAUCGCACGAAGAGGUUUGUCCAGGCGUUGAAAGAAUGGUACUUUCCCAUGCUCACGGCCUCCGCUUCGAUGGACCUGCGUCAAUUUGUGAACUUCCCUAUAUUCCCCACCUCCACUUAUUGUCCCCAACUUUUCAUUUCUCAACAGAGGCCGCGGAGCUGAUCAACCUAGGCCUGCAGCAGCGCACAACCUCCCGAACGGCGAAAAACGAUAUCUCGUCGCGCAGUCACACCGUCCUAACGGUUUCAUUAGACCAGCACGGCGGGAUCGGACUCUUCUCGACAGACCCGGAGACAGACGUGGCGAACGCGGCAAGGCAACAUGCUGGGAGCAGGGGCAAGUCGAAACUGAUGUUGGUUGACCUGGCGGGGUCGGAGAGGGGGAGGACAUCAAGCAUUUACGCCGGAGAAGAGCCUGAGGCAGACCGUUUGCGGGAAGCUGGGUACAUCAACCAGUCGCUCAGCGCUCUUGGCAAUGUUGUAGCUGCUCUCGGGCAGGCAGAGCUGGAUCGACCUCACAUUCCUUUCAGGGAUAGUAAGCUUACUCGGAUCCUUGCUGACUCCUUGGGGGGGGACGCUAACGCAGCCCUCGUCGCUACUGUGGGUCCAGCACCGCAAAACCAGGCUGAGACCUUAUCCACGCUGGUGUUCGCGUCGAGAUGCAUGCGAGUGCAAAGCAACCCGGUGAGGCAUGAGGAACACGAAGAGAUGGAGGCUACCGCAAGGCUUCAAGCGCAGCUAUCGAGCAUGCAGAGGGAGUUCUGCAAGAGAGAGGCGUUGCAGCGGAGUCGGUAUGAAAUGGUCGUUACCCGCCUAGCGCAAGAGCUGGAGCAUGCUAGGAAACAGGCAGCUUCUGGCAGAACUGCCCACCGGUUGCCCGAUCAGGAAGCCCCCGCUGCGGCUGCACCCUUGAUGAAAAACCUCAAAUCAUCCGAAGAAGUGCAUGCGCGUGAAGAAGCCCCCGGGGGAACGACGUCCCGAGGGUCGGCUUUUGUCUCUGACGCAAGAGAGAACGGCACCUGGAACGGUUCUAAAUGCUCCCCUGCGGUUGCCACCGGUAGCAGCGGGGACGGACAAACAGACGAAGCGGAAAGUAACGAGGGAGACGAGGGACGAGCGGGGGCAUUCUGCCCUGAAAAGGCGAAAGCUUCCUACAGCGCGGAAAGCAUUCCGGAAUCGAGGGGCGGAGCUUCAGCGAUUGAGGCUGACUCUACGGCGUGGGAAAUGGUCGGCGCAGCCUUGCGAACGCUCGAGGUGGUCGGGCAGAAGGGGGCCCAGGUUUUGAGGCGAGCGAGACACGCGAGCGACGCUACUCCGGUAGACCGACGCGGUCGACAAGCAAGGGUAGACGAAUCCAGCACACUAGAGGAGGUGGCAUCAGAAACAAUUGAACACAUUCCUCGCAACAAGGUGCAAAUCUUGCAGCGCUUGACACAGUCGCGCAAGCUGUGUGAGGAGCAGUGGGUGGAGGCAGGAGAAGCCCUAUCCUCCGCUUUGCGAGAAACAACGAGGCCAGGCCUCCUACCAGCUCGUCGUAAGAUGAAGUCUCAGGCAAUAACAAUGCGACUCAACAAGAUAUUUGUCUUCACUCCUUGA